AUGGCGCAUUCUCAGAGCAACCUGUACCAACCAUCCACAAACUUCAGUUCAGGAGUAAUCACCGGACCUCGACUUGAAGAGAUUGGACGGUCAUCAGGCUCAGCUUUUGCUCCGUAUGUCGGAUCUGCCGCCCAGAAUCAUCCGGUCAGAUUAGAUUCUUUUAGGACAGAAGCUGGAAGCGCGUUAUUCUCGUCUUUUAUCGGAGCUCCUUCACUUGACCACCCGUCAAGCAUGACUGGGUCGUUGGGGUAUCAUCCAUAUGUCGGGGCGCUUGGCGCAUAUCCCUUCGGGGACGCCUCAUAUCGGAAAAAUACCACCAGGGACGCCACCGCCACACUCAAAGCCUGGCUUAACGAGCACCGGAAAAAUCCCUACCCGACCAAAGGCGAAAAAAUCAUGCUGGCCAUCAUCACCAAAAUGACUCUCACCCAGGUGUCCACGUGGUUCGCCAACGCCAGGCGGAGACUGAAAAAAGAGAACAAGGUGACAUGGACACACCGCACGAGCCGGAGCGAGGACGAGGAGGAUGAGGAUGACCACAUUGAUUUGGAAAAGCGCGAGGACGCAGCGUAUGGGUCAGCCUUCGACUCGGGUAAGCACAUUGGGUUAGUCUGUGACUAG